GAUUGAUUCUCCUUCUCCAUAACCCAUUCAGAGGAACUUCAAAUCAUUGGACGAGGAUGUUUAUAGUCCUGUUUCUUCAUACUAAUUACAGGCUUGAAGGUAAAGUAGCGCUGAUAACUGGUGGCGCCAGUGGGAUAGGUGAAUCCACAACGAGACUAUUUGUCCAACAUGGUGCCAAGGUCCUUAUUGCAGACAUCCAAGAUGAUCUUGGACAAUCUCUCUGUCAACAACUUGCUACCCAAGGAGCUGUUUCCUAUGUUCACUGCGAUGUUACGUGCGAAUCUGAUGUCCAAAAUGCAGUCGACUUGGUGGUUUCUAAGUACGGAAAGCUGGAUAUCAUGUUCAAUAAUGCUGGAAUUGCAGCCACGGAUGAUAGGAUUUUGAAUGCAGACAAUGAAACUUUCAAGAAAGUUUUUGAUGUCAAUGUGUUUGGUGGAUUCUUGGGUGCCAAGCACGCUGCCAGAGUAAUGAUUCCAGCCAAGAAAGGUUGCAUUCUCUUCACUUCUAGUGCAUCCACACAGGUUUCCGCCCGUUACCUUGGGCACUCGUAUGUAACUUCAAAGCAUGCGGUGGUGGGUCUGGCUAAGAACUUAUGUGUUGAGUUGGGACAGUAUGGCAUAAGAGUCAAUUGUAUUUCACCAUUUUAUAUGGCAACUCCACUGGUAACAGAAGCCAUGGACAUUAAGGAGAAGGAGAAGCUGGAAGAGGUGAUUUCUACAUCAGCAGUCUUGAAGGGAACAAUACUGAAACCAGAGGAUGUCGCAGAGACAGCUCUAUAUUUGGCAGGCGAUGAGUCCAGGUAUGUAAGUGGGAUCAACCUUGUGGUCGAUGGAGGUUACAGCCUCACCAAUGUGGCUUUCCCAAUGGCUUUUGACAGCCUACUUUCUUAAGCUUCAAUAUUAUCUUGCAUUUCCCAAUUCACUUCUUAGUUUACAAAUAUCUUUAGUCUAAAUUAAGGUCAUCAACUUCUUAGUGCGUCAAAAAUUAUGUAUGAAUUAUUGAACAAAUUCAAAUGGUACUG